AUGGAUUUCAUUCUCUCUCUGACGCAUUUUUGCGAAUGCCAUCCAUCGGAUGCCGAUGGCUCGGUUUCCCCCUCCGGUAGUCCGUCCACCUUCCACGAGACCACCUCAUCGGCCUCUUCACACUCGCUUCGAAGCAAACAGCGUCGCCGCUUGUCCUCGACACCCGAUAACUCCGCACUGUCCUCCUCUCUCACAGCCAGCAUCAAAUCAAACUCCGCUAACGCCUCCCAAAACAUCGAGGACCAUCCUUAUUUCUUGAAAGUACAAAAAUCGCAGUCGCAGAUCAAGGCUGACCCGGUCUCUGAACGGGUGAAUCGCGUUGGUGGAGUCAACGGCGAUACAUGCGCUAGCUGUAGUAUCUCUCUACCAGAAGAUGUCAGCAAGAAGUUGCCAACUAGUGCCUCGGGCCAAUCCGACAGCGAGAAUGGUAGGACGACCGCAAAAAAUAACAGUCCCGUUCUGAGAUCCAGAGAAGUCGUGCACUCCUGCGGAGGUGGGAGUAAUCGACACUCGGAUAUCUGCGCUGAAGACGAGGCGCAUGAGCACGACGCACAACAUGCAUCCCCACCGGACUCUGUACAUUCCGUUUCGGUCGCUUCCUCAUCCUCCGACAGCUCGUGUCACACUCAUAUCUUGACCUACCUUUCUCUCCACGGGCCGCCUAAUCCAAACGAUUACGCCCUACUCCGACAGUCAUCCAUCCGUACUCUAAGCUGCGAAUUAUUACCGCGCGGUCUAUCAUCUGGACCCCUGUGUUUUGGUGAUCCAGUGGCGGGUUACACGAUCGCCUACGUAUUCCGUCUACCCGACCCAAUGGCACGCGGAAAGCGUCGCAGCUAUGCAUUGAUAGCUCUAGCUGGGAAGGAUGCUGGACGCGCCUUCCGAGCUUCUCCGAUCAUAUGGCGCAUUUUCCAGCGCAUAGCCGCGGGUAUUGUGACCGCGGCAGAGAAGCAUCAGGAAGAGGAAAAGAUGCGUGAAGAGCAGGCUUUUCGUUCAUCGAAUACUUCCGCUGCGACGGGCCGUCAGAACUACCUUCCUAUUUCUUCGUUUCUGACGGGACGGACGCUAGAUGCCAACGGCAACCCACGCCGUGCGGGUCAGAUUCGAGCUCGAAAUCUGGCCGAAAUUGUGGGCAACGAAUACAUAUUUGCCGAGCUACACGCUCAAUUUGUGACUUUACUCCAACAACUGGGGAAUAUGUUUGGUGGCGUUCCAAUUUCCGACGAACGCUUCGUUUGCAGUACUGUUUCGUCAUCAGAAUCAGCCAUGAGCCAGUCACGUCGCACAAGCGUGGCCAUGCCUAAUAACAACAAUAACAACAAUAAUCAGAAACCCGGCCAUAAUAGACAACCGAGCGAUUUGACCUUGUCAAAUCUGAAUAUCUCGUCUGGUCCGCAACCAAUCCCGAUUUCGCCGAGGCGACCUAUCGUCGCUUAA